AUUUAAUUUAAAAAAAAUUUUCUUUUUCUUCGUUUCUGCUCCAACACAGCCAAGCCAAUGACUCCGGAACGUUGAUCACUGUCUGAUAACAAAUGUCAUCAUCGUCGUCAGCAGCUUUCGUGGUGAUCUGUCUUGUCCAUUCUCUGAUUGCCUUAACAAGCGGGGCCCUGAUGAUUUUUUACAUGAAGGAAAUCUACACCUUCACGCACGGAGUGGAAACUGCGACGAAGUUACUGGGGUCCAACCCGCAUGACCAGCUUUUAAUCCAACUCUCCGAUUCCUUCUCGGGUUUGCUCCUUUUUACAAUCGGGUUUUUACUGUUCAUGGUUUCUUUCGUUAAGGAUAAAGGGUUUCAGUCGUUUUUCGCUAAAGGGUGUAUCGUUUUGCAUCUAUUUAUGGUGUUGUGGAGGGUUUACUUUGAGAGAAGGGUAGAGUAUUUAGCUUGGGAUUGGCUGAGGAAGACUGUUGGCGAUGUUCUUCUGGCUUUCUCGUGGGUUUUCUUUCUUGUGUACUCCUGGAGAGAAAAGUAUGAUUAGUUUUAACCUUGUUUAUAUUUUUCUGUAGGUUAUUCUGUUGAAUGGUGUAGAGUUUAAUGCUUUGUACUUAUUAAUGAAAAUGGAAUAAAUGAUGAAGAGCCUGAUGUGUUACUGUA